AUGCAAGUCGAACUUGUUGAUAACAUAAUUAAAAAUUUUACUCGUAUGACAUUGGAGGAUUUCAAAUAUCUUGCUUCACUGGUCUGUCCAAAAAUCACAAGAAUGGAUACUAACAUGAGAGAAGCAAUAACUGCAAGAGAAAGUUUGGCUCUCACAAUGAGAUUCCUUGCCACAGGUGAUUCAUUUACAAGUCUGCAAUAUCUAUUCAGGAUUUCAAAGAGUACAAUAUCUGGAAUAAUUCCAGAAGUAUGUGAUGCAAUAAAUGAGUCACUUCAAGAAUAUAUUAAGAUACCAACUUCCACAGAACAAUGGCUGCAAAAGGCAAACGAGUUCAAAACAAAAUGGUCAUUCCCUCAUGCUAUUGCUGCUAUGGAUGGCAAACAUGUAGUAAUACAAGCUCCCAACCUAAGUGUUUCCGAAUUCUAUAACUAUAAGAACAGUUUCAGUAUUGUUCUUUUUUCCCUUGUCGAUGCAAACUACAAUUUCAUGUACGUUGAUGUAGGCUGCCAAGGCAGGAUCUCGGAUGGUGGGGUUUUCAAAAAUACAACGCUAUACAAAAAACUGGAGAACCGCGUUUUAAAUAUUCCCAACCCAUGUGUUUUACAAAUUCCAUAUGCUGUUAAAGUACCAUAUAUGAUAUUGGGUGAUAAAGCAUUUGCGUUGAAUGAUUACACAUUGAAACCAUUCAUGGGAAAUCCAGAUAAUGGUUCACCUGAAACGUAUAUUUAA